AUGUCCAUGAACUUGUACGAAAUUCUCGGCCUCGACAAGAACGUCUCACCUGAAGACAUUAGAAAAGCAUACAAGCGGAGAGCUUUGCAGACACAUCCCGACAGGCUUCCGCCGAAUGUCACACCAGCGGAUAAAAGCAACGCAGAAGAACAAUUUCGACUGGUUAACAAUGCAUACGAAGUACUGAAUGACCCUCAGAACCGAGAGCUGUAUGAUAAAUAUGGUGUCUGGCCUCCGCCCAGCGUCACGCUAGACCCACCCCGUCACCGCAGCACAACGUCUGAGCAAUGGAGACCGGAUCCAAAUGCCUCCUUCUCUCCUUUCGGUUUUGGUUCACAGCGCCCCGCCUUCGGCUUUACCGGCUCGCACCCACGAUUCGCCUUUACCGACCCCUUCGAGUUAUUUGACUCCCUAUUAGGCGAUAUGCGGGGUCACUUUGAUGAUUCUCCAUUCCCGAAUCACUUCCCUAUGCGCUCUAUGUUUGAUGCUCCCUUUGGCCGAUCUGCCUCGUUCGGGUCUCCCUUCGAAAGCAUGUUCGGCGGACCAUUGUUCUCCCAGCCUACGGAUAUAAAUAUGCUCCCGGGCGUCUCGUCGUACAACUCCGUUUCACAGGCAAUGGGGGGGAACGGCAGGUGGGUCUCGCAGAGCAAGAUGACUCGCAACAUCAAUGGCCGUACCGAGACUAUCCACAAGCGCCGCGAUCCAGAGGGCAACGAGCACAUAACAUAUUCGUCACCAGAGGGUGAACGGUACACGAUCAAUGGGGUUGAGCAGCCGCCGCGUGCAGACCAUGCAAUCAGGUCUGCGACUGCACCAGCUACUAUACAGAAUGGCGGAGCUCCGCAGGUGAUUUCCGCUGGCCCCCAGCCGCAAGCAAAUUAUUAUGCACCUCAGCGACCCCAACCGAUCCCGGUAUAUGCACCUCCACCACCGCAGCCUGUUCCUGCAUAUAGCCCUCCUCAGGCGAACCGCGGUGCAUACUCGUACCCUGCUGACCCUCGCAUGUCCGUCGGCCAAUCUCGCGCUCCCCCGGCGCCUGUGAUUCCUGCGCCAGCACCGCGAGCUUCAUAUGACGACCGACCGGAGAAGCACCAUAGCUACUUACACCAUGACGGGAGUGAACACAGUCAUCACAGCAAUGAGCCUUACCGCGACGCCAGCCGCCACACCAGUCGCGAAUACCGCGACGAGGGCCGUCAUAGCCAGCGAUACCACGACGAUGAUCGCCGCAGUCGCGCACCGGGAACCAGUUACGGGCACGAGGUUCCCGCCCCCGUUUACCCCGGAGACCGAGAGCGCGAGCGCGAGCCACGGCAGGAAAAAGACGAGAAGAAGUCGCGCGGAGGAUGGUGA